GCCUGCGAGGACAUGGCACACGCGCGUGGAGGCUGUCCUAGCGCCCGGGGCUCCGGAGAUGGCGAGACCGUCAGGUCCAGGAAGGUGGCGCUCAUCACUGGUAUCACAGGGCAGGAUGGUUCAUACUUGGCCGAGUUCCUGCUGGAUAAAGGCUACGAGGUCCAUGGAAUUGUCCGGCGAUCCAGUUCAUUCAAUACAGGUCGAAUUGAACAUCUGUAUAAGAAUCCCCAGGCUCAUACUGAAGGAAACAUGAAGCUGCACUAUGGUGACCUUACAGACAGUACCUGCCUUGUGAAGAUCAUCAAUGAAGUGAAGCCCACUGAAAUCUACAACCUGGGUGCCCAGAGCCACGUCAAAAUUUCUUUUGACCUCGCUGAAUACACCGCAGAUGUUGAUGGCGUUGGCACUUUGCGGCUUCUGGAUGCAGUGAAGACCUGCGGCCUUAUCAGCUCUGUGAGGUUCUACCAAGCCUCAACAAGUGAACUUUAUGGGAAAGUGCAAGAAAUUCCACAGAAGGAGACCACCCCCUUCUAUCCCCGGUCACCCUAUGGGGCGGCAAAACUCUAUGCCUAUUGGAUUGUGGUGAACUUCCGUGAGGCAUAUAAUCUCUUUGCAGUGAAUGGCAUUCUCUUCAAUCAUGAGAGUCCCCGAAGAGGAGCUAAUUUUGUUACACGAAAAAUCAGCCGGUCAGUAGCUAAGAUUUACCUUGGACAACUGGAGUGCUUCAGUUUGGGAAAUCUGGAUGCCAAGAGAGAUUGGGGCCACGCCAAGGACUAUGUUAAGGCUAUGUGGCUGAUGUUGCAGAACGAUGAGCCAGAGGACUUUGUCAUAGCCACUGGGGAAGUCCAUAGUGUCCGGGAAUUUGUAGAAAAAUCAUUUCUGCGCAUUGGAAAAACCAUUGUGUGGGAAGGAAAGAAUGAAAAUGAAGUGGGCAGAUGUAAAGAGACCGGCAAGAUCCACGUGACUGUAGAUCUCAAAUACUACCGACCCACCGAAGUGGACUUUCUGCAGGGAGACUGCUCUAAAGCCAAGCAGAAGCUCAGCUGGCAGCCCCAAGUCACUUUUGAUGAGUUGGUGCGGGAGAUGGUGGAUGCCGACGUGGAGCUCAUGAGGAACAACCCCAACGCCUGAGGCCCUGGCGGAGCCCCACGACCCCGCCGCCUCAGGCUGGCUCUUCGGCAUCGACACCGUGUGCUGCCGUCUGUGUACCCUCCCUGCCGAGUUUGUGGCAGCCGGGACGCGAUGAUCAGUCCUGCUUUCCCUUCGUGGAAGCCUCCUCUGAAUGGUUUUGUGAAAUCAAGAUGAUUUAAUCACAUAUUCAUUUCACUUGAAAGUAUAUCGUUAGACAGUUGAAAUUGUGGGGCCUUCAAAUUGUGUUUCUCUUUUCUUAUUAAACAUGAUCUUUUUAUGAACAGCAUUAACUGA